UCUGAACAACACGAACGUGUUUUGGUCACGUGGUUGCGGGGUGGGGUCAACAGGUAGGUGCGUAGGGUGAGUUUUUCCGUUUAAAGGGCAAAGUUGUUCCUGCAGGUUGUCACUACUAUUGUGUGCUCCCAAGACAACAUGGAUUUCGAUUUGGCUUCAGCUGUCGGUAAAGAUGAUCAGGUGAAAAAGGAUGAUGCCUCUGGCCAGGAACAGAACGCCCUCUUUGGAUGGGGGAAGAAGAAGGACAAAGAUGGGGAUAAGGACAAGAGUGCAUCCAAGGACAAAGACAAAUCAAAGGACCGCAAGGACAGUGACAAAUCAAAGGACCGCAAGGACAGUGACAAGUCUAGCGAACAUAAGGACAAGAAACAUGGUGACAAGAAGGACAAAGGUCAUAAGAAGAAGAAAGACAAGAAGCCCAAAGAGCAUAAGGACAAAGACGAUGGGCAUGGGUCCUCUUCUUCUUCCUCGUCCAGCAGUGAUGAGGAUGAAGGCAAGAAGACUCAUCACUGAUUCUGGUGCUGUGAGGAGGUCCUGUCAGACUUUUCUCCAUCUUUCCUCCCCAGUGAAAAGUCUAAUGUCCACCAGAAGAGGGAGGUGUUUUUCAUUGUAUAUUUGUUUAACAGAUUGAAUACAAUUGAUUGGCAAACAUUAUGUUCAGGUUUUUUGAUAAAUUGUCCAGUUGAAAAGA